AUGUGUACCAAAUUUAUUAUUUUAUACUUCAACAAUUGUUGCAUUCAUGGGUUUAACUAUGUCGUUAAACAAAAGCUUAUGUUCUUUGAGAGAGUUCUUUGGUUUUCAUUGGUGGCGGUCUCUAUAUAUUUCUGCUUUAUAGUCUGCUUCUCAUCAGUUGAUCGGUAUUUAACCAAAAGUACACAUAUCGGAGUGGAAAAAAAUUAUCUUUUUUGGAACACCGCAGUGCCAAGUUUAACUGUUUGCCCUUCGGAUCGACUUGACAUAACACUUUUCGACGACUAUUGUCGGCAAAAAGACAUCGAGGGGUCAGAAAAGGAAGCUUUUUGGGACUUUAUAGAAAACUUGGCCAAUUCCACGUACAUGAAUUUUCAAAACAUUCCUGGCGAUGAUGAGGUCGAUAAAGUGAUCAAGAAACUAGGCCUUAAACCGAAACACUACAUGGAAUUAAUUUAUAAUCUUACCUUUGAUGGAACUUUCGAGGCAUCUGAACGCCUUAGAAUUCGCUGUUACGAUGGUCCGACUAAAAUUCAAGUUCGCCAGGUUUUAACCGAGUGGGGACUGUGCUACUUGGGAAGCUCGGAUCUUGGCCAAGAGUACAGUUCCCGUUAUUUGAUAUUUGGUGAAUACCCCAAGUACAACAAGUACCAACAAUCGCCAGAAAUUUUAAAGUACAUGGUGGGGGGAUUUUUCGAUGACAAUGUUCAAUACACUUUACUGGGCUUCACAAGCAGUGCGGUUUUCUCUUUCGUACAUUCUGCCUUUGAUGUAAUGAAGGUGGACACUGGUUCCGAGUAUGCAAAAGAGGGUAUUUUUUACGACGUUUUCAGCGAAGAAAUAAUUUCAGAGGAAAACCUGAAAACUGAAACUACAAUAGCAAUGAGAAAAUGUAGGUUUCACCACGAAUCCAAUUUAACUCAUUUUCCGUUUUACACCAAAAAUAUUUGCCUGCAAGAGUGCCGAAUUAAUUUGGCUUAUGAAAGGUGUAAAUGUAUUCCACAUUUUUACCCAAAUCUCAUCGCAAAACCUAAGCCCGUGUGCGAUUAUAAAACUUUAAGAUCGUGCUUUCCUCGUUAUUCAAAUCUAUUUCUUAAAUUGUACGAUAAAGAUGACCAACUUAAGAAGCCUUUUCCUUGUUAUUGUGAACAAAACUGUUACGAUGCAUCCGUAACAACAAAGGCUACCAAUUCCUUAUCGGGAUCAAAAAAUUUGCUUGGAAGUAUUGGAGGACAUGUACAAGUGAAAUCUUGGCCACAGAGACGACUCAAACGACAAGUUAUAUUUUCAAUGACCGAUCUAUUGGUGUCAAUCGGUGGAACUGCUGGAUUUUUUCUUGGUUUUAGUUUUUUGGGAUUGGUGGAGUUUGUUUACUUUUUCACUUUAAGAUUAUUUUGGCAAAUACUAGGGUACACCAUAUAA